AUGAUGACAGGAGCCAGCCCAUCUGGAGCACUUUUUCUAUAUGUGAUUUGUCUAGGAUUCAUAUUCCCACUUUGCCACAUGCGCCUAUUCACCAAUCGCUGGGCAGUCAGAAUAACUGGAGGUCGUGAAAAUGCCGAUUUGAUUGCUGAAAAAUAUGGAUUUUUAAAUAUGGGACAGAUUGGUGGACUGAGGAACCACUACCACUUUCUGCAUCGGGGCACCAUCAAACGCUCUACCGUAGCAAGCCGAGGGAACCACAGUCUGGUAGUUACAGAGAACAAGGUGAAGUGGAUCCAGCAGCAGAUGGUUCAUACAAGGGCAAAACGGACUGGCAGAACCAGUGAAACCCAUUCCACCCUCUUUAAUGACCCAAAGUGGGACAGCAUGUGGUAUAUUCACUGUGAUUACAACUGCCUCACUGACAUGAACAUUAAGGCAGCAUGGAAGAGAGGUUACACAGGGAAAGGAGUAGUGGUCUCUAUUUUGGACGAUGGUGUGGAGAGACAACACCCUGACCUGAAGCAAAACUAUGAUGCUCGAGCUAGCCAUGAUGUUAACGGAAAUGACCCUGAUCCCACACCACGAUAUGAGGCUACAAAUGAAAACAAACAUGGGACAAGGUGUGCUGGAGUGGUGGCAGCCGCUGCUAACAAUUUAAUGUGCAUGGUUGGAAUUGCCUACAAUGCCAGGAUAGGAGGUGUUCGUAUGCUGGAUGGUGAUAUGACAGACAUGGUUGAGGCCCAAUCACUGAGCCUGAGGCAGCAGUACAUUGACAUCUACAGCUCUAGCUGGGGUCCUGAUGAUGAUGGCAGAACAGUGGAUGGUCCUGGACCUCUGACUCGCCUUGCCUUAGAGAACGGCAUACGCAAAGGUAGGAAAGGGCGUGGCUCCAUCUUCGUGUGGGCAUCAGGCAACGGAGGGCGGAGCCAGGACCAUUGCUCAUGUGAUGGCUACACCAACAGCAUCUACACCAUCUCUCUGGGCAGCACUACUCAGAGUGGCCGCAAGCCCUGGUACCUGGAGGAGUGUUCCUCUACUCUAGCCACCACCUACAGCAGCGGCGAGAGCCAAGGCCUCGGCAUUGUGACAACAGACCUGAGGCAGCGUUGCACUGAUGAGCACUCUGGCACUUCAGCCUCAGCCCCCAUAGCUGCAGGAAUCAUUGCCCUAACUUUGGAGGCAAAUACGCUGCUGACCUGGAGGGAUGUGCAGCACAUCAUUGUGAAAACGUCACGCCGGGGUCACCUCAGUGCUCCUGACUGGCAGAGCAAUGGAGCGGGAUAUGAUGUAAGCCACCUGUAUGGGUUUGGGUUAAUGGAUGCUGAGGCAAUGGUGAAAGAGGCAGAGACUUGGCGACAGGUUCCUACCCAGCAUGUGUGUGAGGAAACCAUUGUUCAGAAUGCAAGAAUUAUCAGUCCAGAGAGAGUGUUGAGGUCAGUUUAUAAGUCCUCAGGUUGCUGUGCCCAGCAUGGUCAUCAUGUUGCUUAUCUGGAGCAUGUAAUUCUACGUGUCACCAUCACUCACCCACACCGCGGAGACCUUUCCAUAACCCUCACCUCCCCAUCCGGAACCAAAUCUCAAAUCCUUGCUAUCCGACCCAAUGACCACUCCACUGAGGGCUUUGUGAAGUGGGAAUUCAUGACCACACACUGCUGGGGUGAGAAAGCAGUCGGAGAUUGGAUCCUGGAAAUCAGAGAUACUCCAUCCCCAAGGAGGAACACACGACUACAAGGGAAACUGUUAGAAUGGGCUCUGAAGCUGUAUGGCACAUCUGGCCACCCAUAUGAACGGCAUGAACAACCCCGCUCAGCUGAGAUGUCCACUGAUGAUGACAACACAGAGGAAUAUGAAAGCUCUUGUGACCCAGAAUGCAGCGAGGAUGGCUGUGAGGGCCCAGGUCCGCAUCACUGUAUUUCUUGCUUGCACUAUUUUUUGAAAUUCAAGAAUGGCACCAGGACGUGUGUGUCUCAGUGCCCACAGGGCUUCUGGGGUGACAGGAAGCGCUGUAAGAGGUGCUACUCUGCUUGUACAAUGUGUACAGGCAGCCGUAGUGACCAGUGCUCCUCCUGCAAACCUGGAUACUACCUGGAUGAGGAGACUAACAGCUGUGUGACACGUUGUGAAGAUGGAUACUACCUUGACCAUGAGGAAAACAUGUGUAGGAAAUGCAAUGAGAACUGUGUGAAGUGUACUUCAUCCAGUAUUUGCACUGAAUGCCCAGAGGGCACGAGCCUAAUUGGAAACAAAUGCCAGAAGAGCUGCAAGGCUGGUACUUACUACAGUGAGCAAAGUGAUGCCUGUGAGCUGUGCCAUGCAGCUUGUGCAACCUGCGCAGCUGCAGGUCUAGAGUCAUGCAACCGCUGUGCUGAUGAAUAUCUGAUGGAAGAAUGGAGGUGUGUGCCUUCUUGCAGCCAGGGCUUUUACCCCACACAGUCCCAUUUGGAUAACACAGGACCAACACAGAACUUUUGCAGGAGGUGUGAUGCUAGUUGUCUAGUCUGUAUUGGUCCAGGCAAAGGGAACUGUACUGUAUGUGUGGAUGGACACACACUGCAGAAUAGAAUGUGUGUGCUGAGUCAUGACUGUGGUGAUGAAGAGUUCCAGGAUGACAAAGGGAACUGCCAUACAUGUGAUGCCACCUGUUAUAAAUGUAAAGGGCCAAAAAAUGAUGACUGCAUUGAGUGCACAGCUUCUCGAUGGUUGGAUGAGGGCCAUUGUGUGGCUCACUGCUCAGAGGGGAAGUACCAGUCUAGCGGACAGUGCCAUGUGUGUGACCAUACCUGUGCUGCAUGCGUGGAUGCUGGUCCUGAUAACUGCACUAGCUGUGACAAAGAUAAGUUUGGCCUGGAACGCUACCUAUACGGCGGAGUGUGUGUGACUGCCUGCCCCGAGGCUCAUUUCCAUACUAUGUUGAAGACGUGUGAGCCAUGCCCAGAGCACUGCAUACUCUGUUCCUCCACCACACACUGCCUCAGAUGUGACACUUCGUACUACCUCAGCCACGGAACCUGCACACCACUCGAGUGUGGAGAAGGUGAAGUCGAGGAUCCGGAGUAUGAUGACUGCAUGGCAUGUGAAGAAGGCUGCAAGAAGUGUGUCCUCUAUAAUCCCAAACACUGCCUGUCCUGCAUUGAUGGCUAUUAUAAGUAUGAGGAGGGCUGCUAUAAACACUGCCCUGCUAAGACAUACCCCGUAGAAGACACAAUCAGCUGUGUGGCCUGCAAGCAUGACUGUAUCAGCUGUGAUGAGGAGGAGUGCCACUGGUGUGAGACUGACCUCUUCCUAUCAGAUGGGACGUGUGUUCAAGAGUGUCCAGAGGGUUUUUAUGGUGAUGAGGACACUCAGGAGUGUGAGGAGUGUCACACAGGCUGCCAGACAUGCAGUGGACCAGGAGACAAUGAGUGUGUCAGCUGCAGUGAAGGCCUGGUCCUGGCCAGCGGAGAGUGUGUGUCAGAGCAAGACAUCUGCCCUGCUAAAACCUACCUCUCUGACAAUGGUGAGUGUGAGGCAUGCCAUCCCUCGUGUGAGACGUGCAAGGGCAAGCAAAAGAAUCAGUGCAACACCUGCACCACAGGUAGGUAUCUAACCACAGAGCAGCUGUGUGUGGCACGAUGCCCAGCAGGCACUUUUGGGAGUAAGGAGAGUGGACAGUGUGAGGCAUGUCCUCAGGGCUGUGCCCAGUGCCAGGAUAAGCAACGCUGCACUCGUUGCCUGUCAACUCGCAAGAGUAUCCUUUACCUGCAGAAUGGACAGUGUGUUCGCCAGUGCUCCAGAGGCUACCCUACAGGACUCGUGUGUAAGAGCUGUGCGCCAGGCUGUGCAUCAUGUGAGCGCAAUGCGACGCACUGUCUCAGCUGUCAGGGGAACUUACUGCUUCACAAACACCAGUGUGUGUCAUCGUGUCCCCCUGCACACACUGCACGAGGAGGCGAGUGUGUGCAGUGCCCACAGGCCUGUCUCCUGUGCUCAGAGGAAGGCCAGUGUACAAAGUGCAAGGAUGCUGCUUUCCUGCAUGAGGGGGAGUGUGUAUCGGUGUGCCCCAGUGGGUUUUUUGAGAACACAGAGCAAGGAAUAUGUGUGCAUUGUCACUCAGACUGUGAACUUUGUGAUGGGCCGGGGCCAAAUGACUGUGUCUCCUGUGCCGAUCCAGUCAGCACCCUUCACAACAGAGCAUGUGUCUCACCCUGCCCUUCACAUACUUUCAUGGACAGCAGGUCUGGGGAGUGCAUGGUGUGUCAUAGCACCUGUCGGACCUGUUCUGGUCCACUGGACACAGACUGCUCCAGCUGCACAGAUGGAUUGAUGACAGACAGUCAUGGGCGCUGUGCCACGCCCACCAACUGCCCCUCGCACCACUACAGCGACCGUGAGGGCGAGUGCCGCCUGUGCCACAAGCACUGCCAUCAAUGUUCGGGUCCGGACUACAUUCAGUGCCUCAGCUGCUACACAGAUCACUACCUGCUCAAUGGUACAUGUGUGGAUGAGUGUCCCAUGGGUUUCUUUAGUGGGGAGACACAAAGGUGUGAGCCAUGCCAUCCUAACUGCCUGAGCUGCAUGGGGCGCCAUAGUCAUGAGUGCCUGAGCUGCAAAACUCACCUCUACAGAGAGGGCAAAGAAUGUGUGGAGACCUGCCAGCCUGGUCACUACAGAGAUACAGACUCAAGGGUGUGUGCACGGUGUGAGGAGAGCUGCGCGGAGUGUUUGCGAGGCGGUACUGAAGGGUGUACGAGCUGCAGAGAAGGGCUUCUGUUUGUGCAGAAGCAGGGCCGCUGUGUGUCUUCUUGCCCCUUGCACCACUACCACAACACACUCCACAGCACCUGUGAGCCCUGCCAUCCCACCUGCAAAACAUGCACAGAUAAAGGGGUGGAGGACUGCAGCUCAUGUCAUCCUGGACACAUACUCUCAGAGGGAGCCUGUGAAUCACUCUGUGUCAUGGGAGAAUACGUUGUAUUUGAGGAGCAGAGUUACAACUGUAAACCCUGCGAUGAGUCAUGUUUGGAGUGUAAAGGACCUGGGCCACACAACUGCACGAUUUGUCCCAUAGAGUUCAUCCUAACCACUGAGGGGCAUUGUCUGCCUUGCUGUAGGAGUAAGGAUCGUUGGGAGGAAGAGACUAAUGUAGAGCAACAAGAGUGCUGUAACUGCACACAAACUAGAGGCAAGUGUGUCCUCAGCUCAAACUUCGCCUUACACAACCUUGAAGUAGAGGAGUACCCAGGCAACCUGGCACUUUUUAUCACCACCUCCAUCCUGCUGGUGCUGGGUCUGGUCACUGUAGUUGUACUCCUCAAACGCUCCUCCAAGCGGCCCACAACCGAUACUGCUGUUGCCCGGGGUUACGAAAAAUUGGGCCACGGCAGUGGUAAAGACAGCUAUCAUGGUGCUAUGACAUCAACAUCCUCCAUGUAUGGCGGCCAGGCUAGUUCUAGUUCCGGACAUUUCCACGAAGAGCAGCUGGUGGACCUUGGGGACGGGAGGGCAGAUCGGGAACAUGACGAGGAUGAUGAGGAUGAAGAUAUUGUGUAUAUGGGGCAGGAUGGCACAGUUUACCGUAAGUUCCGGUAUGGGCAACUGGGAGAGGAGCAGGAGGAUGAGCUGGAGUAUGAUGACGAGAGCUAUAAUUUCAAAUAA